AUCCAGCGUAACGGUGGAUUUUAUUCCUCUCACCUCUGGGCAGGAAACGAUUUUCUUGUACACCCAUGUGAAAUCGCUUUUGCGAACCGUAAAGCUGAUUUCAGAGAUACUGCCAUGUAAUUCAGUCAUUCCUUUCAAGUAUCUCUAUCUAAAUUCAUCAUAUUAAUUUGAUAGGGUCAUGAAAAGCUUAACUGAGCUUUCAGUGAUCUUACGUUCAAUCCCUGUUGCGUCCUCAUGGUAGUACUCUGAUAUACCUAAUACACUUAAACUUUAAACACGAUCGGUUAACUAUACAUUGCUCUAUUUUUCAGAACAUCAACUUAACAACACUUAUAAAAGCUUUCGGUUUUAUAAAGACUAUGUUUCAAAUGAAGCUGCUCCAAUUUGCCGUCGAAUUUAAUCAGUGUGCAAAAGUUGUGUAAUAAGUGAUUUCAGUCGGAUCCGGGUUUUAGCAAGUUCGGAGAACAUGAAUUCGCCCUCGGGAUUUUAUAAAAUCUAAUGAAAAUUCGCGGAAUGUCACGAAUUUUGGAGCAUUUAGCUCGAUCGCUCCAAUUUUAAGAAAAAAAUGCGAACCAAGUUGAUUAUCGCUGGAGACGGACGGGAGCGAUGUAUUUUCCCUACUUCGUCAGCCACUGGAGGCCGAGAUGCCACAUAAAAGUGCCAUUCUCACUCCACAGUUAUGUUCAACAGCAACGAAUUUUUACGUCCGUACAUAUCGUAGUGAGUGCCAGUGAGGGUUAAGAAGAACAAUGAGUUAACAUUCACCCAGAAUCUAAACGAACUAAAUUACUAAUUCAUCUCCUUGCUGUUCCUUAAGUAACGUGGCUCGAAACCUAAAUAAGUCGAUUUUACCAUGCUUAGAUGAACUGAAAACAGAAACUAACGCAGAAAUUCAGUUCUUUUAUCGAGCAAUUUCAACCGUUUGCAGCACUUCAUGCACGUAAAGGUGGAAGCAAGAAAUUUGAAUUAUGCCACUUGAAAUGUUGUUUUUCUUUGUCCGAAACUAGGUGCAUGCCAGACGGCUUGGAAAUGAGCUAGUUAAUUAAAAAAGGCAGUUGUAAGUGUUCAUUAUGCUUUACAAAUAUAUGCAAAAGAGUUUCAAAGACAAUGUACAAAACUCCAUUAAACAAAAAAAAUACUAACAUUUUAAAAACGUUUUAAAAAUGCCUGGAUUUUACCAGCUUCUAAAUGGGUACUGCUGAUAUUGGUGGAAAGAAUUCGGUUGAAACUCAUUGAUCUGCUUCCUUCUUCUGGCUAAUCAGGUAUCAGAUUGGCGUUAACAUUUCAAAGUUAGGAUCAGUGUUUUCAAUUACCAGUAUUGAAAACACCUGCUUAAUGGCGCUAUCUGAAAUUAUUUUUGAAAAUGAAUAAAGCUUUUCAACCUACGCUUGAUAUACGCUCAGUUUCAUUAUAGCGUACGUGCCUGAUUACAACAUAUCAUGACAAACUCCAUACCCCGUUAACUAUGUAGUGCCGCCUUACCAGCCGUUCUUCAGAAAAAUGAGUGAUAGACAUCUGACAAAUAAUUCGGACAAUAUGACUCCAGCAAUAGCUCAUUCGGUUUAUCAAGACUCCAAUGUUGACCAUGUGAUCAAUGAAUACAUGGAACGUCUGGGAACGCGCCUUAAUAUCCUGGAAACCGAACUGAAAUAUGCUUGGCGAGCUCUGGAUCUGUUGAGCCAAGAAUACAUUAAAAUGUGGGAGAGACUGGAGAAGUUGGAGGGCCUGCUUUUCGAACAGCAGAGUGUUAUUAGUCAACUGAUGGAUUUCUAUACUACUUCGGGUAACAGCCAAAGAGUGGGCCCCACUGUAUCCAUGCUGGAAGGCCGAUUAGGUGAAUUGGAAGUAAUCCGAGAAAUUUUGGGAAAUGGAACAGUUGAAGAUGGACUGGAGGAAGGUUUAGACGUCAUUCGAUCAAACGAUCCACAGAUCCAGGAAAUGGAAGAAUUUAAUAUUCCUGAUGAGGCAUUUUAUCGAAGCCUCAACCAGGCUUACGAGGAGGAGUUGGUGUCGAGCACCGAUCCUGUGGUCCAAUCCAGUCAGCUGGAUAUGAUCUGGGAGGAGAGAGAGGAACAGGACGAGCUGGAUAAGAAAAUAACGCCCGCUGAAGAGGAGGAAAUAUACAGUGCACUAGACUACAAAGACUAUCGGGGCAACAGUUCAUGUGUUAGCGAACAGGACCUCGAGGAGUUAACUAUAAUUGAAUCCAUUGACCACAUGGCGAUGGAGAAACUCAACGAAUUGGAUCGCUUGAGCAGCAAGCUUCAGCAAGAUAGCGCAAAUAUUAAGCAGCUGCAACGGAAACUUUUGGAGUCGCCAAUAUCUGUUGCCGGUGUAAGUGAAGAAGCUGAAAAUCGGACACAGCAGGAAGAGGAAAAUUGGACAUUUUCGGGUGAUGUGCGGGAUCAAAAUGAACUGAUGCUGUUGGCAAAAACUGAACUUUCUAAUGUCGUGCCCAAUACGUCUUACGCGACACGUCCGAAUUCGAGGUUGAGUGUCACGGACUCGGACAAGGAAGUUGCUGAUACUCUGGCAAGUGGAAUGAGAACCCCGACGUCUCCCAGACGUCGCCAAGUGGAAACGGCUUGUAGUGAACCAUUUUCCACUGUCGAUGGACGACUGGCGUAUAGUGCAGCAGUGCAGCACGUCGAGUGUGCUGAAGCUGCAGCUGCAGCCGCGAUGCGAAACUCAAAAAACCCGUUUUAUUGUAGUGACCUAGAUUUGUCGAAUUUAAUGCAAGCUUCGUACGAAUCGAAUUCCUGUUCCACUCCAAGUAUGUUUCAAAUGAUUUCCGAUAAACCCCCAUCUCCUACGUUAUCAAUAUGUAGUAUAAGAACAAGGAAAGAUGGGUACCUUGAUCCCGAAAAGCCUGUGCGUCAAUCUCCCAGCCCUCCUCCACCUGCCCCAAUGGACGGUUUUUUGAUAAACUCAAUGCCUGGCACUGUCUUCCUCGGAGCAAACGAUUCCAGCCAAUCCUCGUCAAUUAAAAAUCAAGAUCAUCUGAUUCCUAAGCACCACACCGCCAGGUCCCCAAAAACAUCUCCCAAACGAAGUAAAUCGCAUUCGUCCAACAUAGUAGCAGCGAAAAGUGAUUCGGGCCUCUCCUCAAUGUCUGGAUGGUCAAGCUUGGAAAAGUCUCCUGGUUCUCCAAAGAACGGCAGCUGCAAGCCAUAUAAUUAUUUGGCAUUGAAUCAGAAGAUAGGAGCAGUAAGCCCAGGUGGAUCCCCAGGAAAAACUGCAGGGUAUGCAGAAUCAUCCGUCGAUUCAAAAGUUUCAGAUGCUAGUCACUUUGCAACGAACGAAUUUUUGCCGGGGGGGCAUCGUUUGUCAGCAUUCACCAACGUAAAAUCGCCCAGCAAUAUUCAGUUGGAAGGAUAUGGAACAUUUGUGCCUGCUCCUGCACCAGCCUCUGAUAUUAACGUUAGUCCAAAUAGGAACAAAAUAGCAGACGGUACUGAUCAAAGCUCAGUAUCACCAUGUCUAUAUCAGAAUAAUCAACCUGCAGCUAUUUACUCUGUGGCAGGAAGCAACAAUAAGGAUUCAUAUACCACAGUUUAUACCAGCAACAGUGCAGAUUAUAUUAAUCAAACCAUCCAUUAUCCAGACUUGGUGGAACCCUAUGAGAACAACGAAUUUGUCAGUAGUCAGCAGUCGAAUUAUUACAAUUCUUUAACGUCAGUUCCUACAGAAGAAUCAGACACUGGUCGUCGACGCAGGUCUUUAACUAGGUCAUACUCAACGAAUAAACCUCCAGACGGUCUGGCAAAUCAUGAAGGUUACAAAACCGCCAUGUACAGAACCAUGUUUCCAACUGGAAAUAUUACUGAUGCCUUAAGCUACUACCCCACUUCCACUCGCUACGAGUCGGCAAGAAAUAAUUUACCUGCAGCGAAUUAUAAUGAUCCAAAUGCUUGGUUGAGUUCUGGACAUGAGGUUCAGUACCACGAUAAUGCAAGUACAUCCAGUUCUAUUAAAUCCGCUGAAACAUCUGAAACUGGAUACUCACCGUACAUGGAGAGGAGGCAAUAUCAAGAUUCCCAAAAGCAGCCGAUCUACGAGAAUCAGCUGCAAAUUGAGCAACAUCAGCGAAAUUUGCAACAGCAAAAUCAAGACGUUUCCAGGAUGGAGCUUGAUCUGAGACACCGAAAUGUACCUGAGUAUGUGGUUCACCAGCAAGCGCCAAGAAACAAUGCAUAUUUUGAUGGAGGUAUUGAGGUGAUUAUAACCCAAUCAGGCGAGUACAUUACUAUCAAUAGCAACGUAUCAUCAUCAUCUCGGGAUGAGAAGAAAAAAUUAAAGCGCGGUAGCACUCUUAAAUCAGCGAUGAAUUCAGUCAGCAACUGGCUUCCAGAUUUACAUCUGACUAAACGUCACAGAUCUUACUCGUUACCGGGGGGUAUCAAGAAAGAAGAUGUGGAAAAAAGCAGAAGCACAGCAAGUAAAACAAAUGUAACUCGCAAAAAGAAAAGAAACGCAAUUGUCUCUACAGUUUCGGGAAUACUACAAAAGGCAAAGCGAAAAGCGCAUGGAUCGCACCAAUCCCUGUCCGAUCCAGAGCAAUCAGACAAUGAAUGGUAUCUGAACAGGACUAGUUCGGUUAUUUCCGAAGAUGACCGUAGCGAAGACAGUACGAGCAUAUCAGAGAACAUAUUUGAAAACGAGCUAUUUCCCAAGAUCAGUCCAAAACCGAAGAGCAGAAAAAGUAGCAAGUCUGACGAAGAAUCCCAUCAAACUGCUUUACAGCCAGGAUUUGAAGCAAUCAAGGUUUCGCCGAAGGACCAAAUUGUUGAAGCGAGUAGCGAAGUGAGCCGAUAUGAAGAAGACUAUUCGUGUAAAAGCACAGGUAGUGGAUCAAGCAGCAUAUUUCCUACCAUUGGAGAAGCCAAGAAAAGUAGCGGAUCUUCUGAUAAAAGCGACGAAACAGUCAUCCUCGACAACAAAAUGGUAGUUGUAGUAGGUGGGGGAGGAAUGGGAACUUCAAUGGAAUUUGCCGUCUCUAGAGCAUUGGGAAAAUACAGGCAAAAACAUUCAAACUCGUUCUCUGACGACCAAGGAUUUGAAACCAGCGAAUCUGCAAUUAAAAUCGAAGAAGUAAAUGAAGAUAGUUUCAAGGAAGAAGACUGCAGAGAAACACCAAAUAAUGCGCAUCUGAAAAUAGCAGAGCAGAAACCGAUUGAAAGCAACAGUAGCAUAGAAAAUAACAGAUGUGAGGAAUCUCAGGCAAUUGACGAAAGCCCAAUUUUUCGGACAAAUGCCAGCCGCUAUUUCCCCCGGCACCAGCAAAGCUUGGAAAUUCCGAGCCAUCGGGCGGAUGAUGAAGACAGUCGUAGUACUCACUCUUGGAGAAGUACUUCUCGUGUUUCAUCGCGACGACAAAGUACCGAAGACAGUAUUGAUAGUGAAGAUGAAUGGUACUGCUAUGAAUUGCGAAAGCUGGAAGAAAUGGAACGGCAAAAGGACUUAGAGCAUGACAUGGGUGCAACCCUACAGGAACUUCCAGAGGCGGACGAGGAAACUUACGAGCCUGAAGAGGAGGUGAAAGAGAAAAUGUCGUUUGUGCUUCGCGAACUUAGAAUGAGAGCGAAAGUUGUCGAAGGCGUUUUAGACGAAAAAGAAAACAACUUGUUAACAGUUAAUUCCGCUAAGCGGCGAGAAGAGAAACGCGGAUCAUUUCAUUUAGACGAAGCCGCAGCUUUGUUCGAAAAAAUUAAAGUCUAUCAUCACGAGUCCCUGGAGAGAGAAAGGCAAGAAGAAGGAAUACAAGAAACCGAAAAAGCUCCUCCGGAAGAAACUAAAGGAUUCAAUUAUUUGGAAGAACCGUGCAAAGAGGAAGACGACCGAUCGUCUGGCGCUACAUCAGGCCCGGACAGUCCGCACCAUAGUACAGACGAAUAUGAUGAAUUAGAGAUGAGAAUCAAUGACGAAUUUGCCCGGUGUCACUUAUCAAACGAGGAGCAACUGGAUCGAGUAAACAGAGAAGUGGCUACGCACCACCGCAAAUCAUCUACGGAUAUGCCUGCAGAGCAAACCAUUCCGGAAAUUCAGGUUGCAUCUGCAACUCCAAGUAAGGAGGAGGCCCCAAAAGAGUGUAAUAAAGACACCCCUGGAAGUAAAUGGAAACUCUUAAAAACCCUCAAGGAAAAGAAAGCAGAGGAAAAGAACAAUCAAGCAAAAUCGCCAGAACCUGCACCGACAACAAAGGAUGAAAAAGUGAGUAUGAUGGGUAUAAUGAAGAGUUUUUACGAGAUUCAUGUUAAAACAUAAGUUAUUUACCCAAAAAUCUGUAUUGUUUGAAGCUUUGCGAUGUUACGAUUUGCUGUUGAAGAUUCUAGGUAUUUAAAAUAGGUUUUGGAUAGUUUAAGAAAUGUAACGACGCUUAUGUGGAUAACAAUAUGGUAACAAUAACUAAAAGUAGCAUCAUUUUCAUGUCCCCUAUGGUCAAUUGCACGCCAAUUUCAUUGUACUAAAAUUGCUAGACAGGGUGAGUUUUGUUAAGUGUUAAAAGGCUAUAUCUCAGAAACGGUUUUAAAUAUAUUUAUAACGUUUUGGGAAAGAAAGAAAUUGGAAGGGGGACAUAUAAUAACAAAUGUCUUAUUAUUCUACUCAAGCGCCCUCCCCCGAGAGCCAAAUUUACUCUAGACUUUAGACUCUACUUUAGACUCGUUUUUUUAAAGACUUUUGCACUCGCGCUAACAACAUUUCAGGUCUCACUAACAAGCAGGCAGGCUCAGCUCAUCUGAGGUGAUGGGUGCAGUGGCCAUCACUUUUCAUCUUCUAUAAAACUUCUUUUAUAAAACUUCUUUAUAAAUCUUUUAUAAAACCCCACAAAAAAGAAGCAAGUGGCGGCAGAUCUGGAGAUCGCGCUGGCCAGUUGACGGGACCACCGCGACCAAUCCAUAUGCUGGGAAAUAUUUCACCUAAAUGACUACGGGCCUCCACUGCAUAAUUGGGUGGAGCCCGAUCUUGCUGAAACCACACAUUCAUGUUUUGGGUCAAUAAUAAUGUGUCUUAAAAAGUUGGUAUAUAUAUUUACAUUUAAAUGUCUUUAUUUAUUAUAAUUUACCUGAUACAAGAUAUAGCCUUGUAACACUUUAAAAAAACGCACCCUGUAUAUUAUACUAUAGUAGGAAUCAAGCAAAUGGAAUAUGCGGGUUUCUGUUAUUACUUCAUUAGCACUCAUAAGCAAUUUCGGCUCUAAAACAAUACUGAAUUUAUCGAGUUUAAGGCUCAAAUUUAAGUUAGACCAUACAUAUACACAGAACCAUGUGUAGUCCGAGAAUCCGAGAGAUUAAUUUUCGGAUUGUUCCACUUCGCCUAUAAUUUGUUUCAGAUACUUUAAUAAUUUUUUUAUUUACUUACAAAUUUGUUAAUUGAAAACUUCCUUAUUCCACACUUUUUUCAAAGCAACGAACUAGAGGCAACUUUGAUUGACUGUUUCUAACAAGAAAAUAACGCCCAUAGUUUCUCCAGAAAAUGAAAUUACACUUUUCAUAAAAUACCAACUUAUCAUCAAGUUUUAAGACUUGGGAGAAGAAAAUGGACUUAGAUGGGGUAAGCUUCAUGCAGCAUUUUAUAUUAACAGCAAAACCAUUAACGGAUUUACUAUUCAAUUUAACAUGACUAGACACACCAAGAGAAAAAGAUUUGUAAAAUUCAGUGUAUCGUAGUGCACAGCUGUAGUUGAAAAAAAAAUUCAAUUACUUGGUCUGUUCGGGAAUCGAAUGAUGUUUGCCAGCAUACGGUAAGAUACUUUUUAGAUGUUAAAAUACGUGAUUUCAAUGCAAAUAAUUUCAACGACUUCAGAUUGACAUAGUUAGCUUUACUUUCAUUAAUAUUUAUUGGGUUGUAUAAUUUUUAAUUUUGUCAUUCUAUGCUUAAAGCGUAGCAAUAUAAGUAUACCAAUGCAUACGUAUAUCUAAACAUGUGAGAAAUUUAUAAUAUUCCAUUUGGAUGAUUUGCAAAGACAAUUGUUUGCACUUAGAUUUGUAAGCGAUUUUGAUGCCAAUUAUUUCUAAAGUAGACAAUAAAUCGACGCUAUUCGUCCCCAAUUGCAAAUUUUUUUCAGUCUUUGAUCACAGGCAUUGGCUCAAAACAAUGUAGUUUAUUGGAUACUAAAAUGCAAUGGUUAUCAGCAGAUAUCAAACGCUAAUAUUUAUUACGAUUUUAAUAAUUCUAUUUUAAAAGCAAACUCCUCUGAUUGGCCGACACUAAAAGACUUGGUUUUCAGCUAAGAAAUUGUAAUUACAGAAUGACGUAAAACUCAUCUGUGUACAUGAUCUCAAUUUAUCACUUCGGAAUAUCUUAAUGUUGUGAUCUUUGCUUCAUACGCGGGUUAUAAUAGAUAGCAUUUUCACGACAAAGAAGUUUAUUGCAUGUUAUUAUUGAAAAGAUUAAUCUGAAUCUCUUCACUACUGUAUUAUAUAGUUUCUUAACUUUUCAAAUCCAUGUUGACCAUGAUAUAUCAGCAAUAAAAUGAAAUACAACACGAUAAUUUGUUGCACAACCAUCUUCGAAUCAUAUUAAAAUAACGAAACCAACAUUAGAGAGAUAUGGAACACACAUUGCAGCUAUUCCACUAAUAGUGCCGCCGUCUUAUUGACAUUUGCAUAUGCGCAUUUGAUUUUUAGUAGGGCGCCCCACUAAUAAGGCUUAUACCUACCGCUAUUUCUGCACUCUUUACGCAGAGCACAAUUUGAUACUUAUUUUGCUUAGGUUGAUUCAGUGACACCAUCGUGUAUUCACGAGUUUUCCAACAUAUAAGUAAUCCCUUAAUCAAUUGAUUAAUCACUUUUAAACUAAAAAUAUGUUCAAGAUACACUUUUAAAUGAUUAGGGUUCAUCAAACAGCAUCUAAAAUGUAUGUGUAAUUUAAAAUAUUUAUCAAAAGUUGUAUUAUUAAGCCAUUGGGCAAGUCAGUAAUUUAAUUAAUUUUUUGUAUUAUCAGAGUUGAAUAGAUGGGGAUAUCAUUUUUGAUACCGUUUAGGCCUCAAUUUAAUGAGUGAAAAAUGUAUGCGUUUGUCCAAUGAAUUAUAUGUUUUGGACAUUAUAUUAUUGUCUACUUAAGAAAUACUCUGCAUUAUCCAUUAAAAUUGUUACAUUACAAUACGUAUCAUCAACUCAACCA